AUGGCUUUCGACUUGGAACGAGGGUCUGUUUUUCGGUCUUGGGUCCUACUGAUUAUGUUGGCCUUGAUCCAAGUCGUUUCAGCCCAAUUCUGUUCAUUUUGGAACACUGACUGCAUCGACACCCUCGCUCAAACGGCCGUGAGUUUCGACUUUCAACCUCUAUUUCCUGACCCUGUUUUCCUCUACUACGGCUUCGACGCUCGUGCGUCGAGGAGGAUCAAAUCACCAAUCACCAAAACGGGUUUCUGGCUUCGAUAUCAGAAUCAUGUCAACAGAGCCACGGUGGACGCGAAUCGUACGUCGGAGAUUGGCCUACGCGUGGGCAAUUUGGCCGGCAUGCCGUCUGGAAACAACAAUGGUUGUGACGGUAUCUGGGGACCGACAUGCUCCGCAGAUUUGAAAAGCGCCCUGCGUCAUAAUAUGUAUCGGAAUGCCGUUUCGGGCACUUACUAUUCCAAGCCACUCAAGAGAGCCCUGAGCCAGAUGCUGCUUAAGCCACCACAACUUCCCUCGUGCCCGCAGACUAUACUUGAUGUGGCUUCAAUUCCCGUGCAAGACUUUGCCGAGGAACGAAUACUUGACCAUCAUGUGACCCUAAUGAAUCCAGGAUCGGGCAAAUUCCCUUGGCAGGUUUGGUAUCUCGAUGGCAUGACAUCGCACCAACAGGCCUCGCAAGUGGCUGUAGGGAUCGUUAGUCGAGGACCAACGUAUAACACCCCCUCGCUGAGCCCAGAUGACAUUCAGGUAGAGCUUGUCUGCGUGCGAUCUCCGUGA